GCUGCUUGUUGUCAUGGACCAGCGAAGAUGGCGGGCCUGGCCUACAGCCUGGGCAAGCGAGAUAUAAACCAACAUUUCAACAUUAAGAACGCCAAGUUAAUAUCGCUCGUGCUCGUCGUUUUACUCUCCGUCUUCCACGCUACUUCGCGCUAUAUCGGAGGAGCAGAUUCAUGUGAAUGGCUGCUAUCCAGCGGACGUUACUUGGGGGAGAAUGUUUGGCAGCCUUAUGGCUGCAUGAUGCACAAAUACAAAAGCAUUGAAGCCAAAAGCUGCCUUUCUCAAAAGCGAGUGGCCUUUGUUGGAGAUUCCCGAAUCCGGCAGCUAUUUUACUCCUUUAUUGACAUUAUUAACCCUGGACAAAAAGAAGAUGACAAGAAGCAUGUGGACAUUGCUUUUGAAGAAAAAAGCCUCUCUCUUUAUGUGGACUUCCUGUGGAAUCCGGAGGCGAAUAACUCGAUGAAAGAGCGAUUGAUAUCAUGGAAGCAUGAAGGCUCAGCAAAGCCCGAUGUUGUCAUCCUUGGUGCAGCAACGUGGUCUAUUAAACUGCAUGGUGGCAGCAGCGAGACUUUACAGCAGUACAAAGUCAACGUGACCGCCAUGGCUCAACAUCUGGAGAGCUUGGCCCAGCGCGGAGAGGUCUACUGGGUCCUUCAAGAACCAGUAAAUGAGGAAUUGUUGCGAACGGACAGAAAGAUGAUCACCAACCGACAGUUGGAGCUCUACAACCAAGCGGCGAUGGACGCCCUCGAUGCUAGCAAGAGCAACAACAGGUGGCGCGUCAAGCUGCUAGCCGCCACCCGCCAAGCGGCCAUGGAAACCAUCGACCAGUCAGACGACGGACUGCACAUACCGGAAGGCACCAGAAAUAUUGGUGCCAUGGUUCUGAUGAACGCUCUGUGCAACAAACUCCAGCGACCCAUCGACGGUUCCUGCUGCCAAACGGUGCCGAUGCCCAACCUCCUGCAGAAAUUGGCUGUCUGCUUCUUCAUUGGCUGUGGCCUAGUUAUACUGGGCCUUCACGUUUUGGGCGACCAGCGACACCACCGGCCCGUGCCCCCCGACGUGGAGAGUCUAGAAGAGAGGAAACCGGCCAGCGCUGCGCCACCGCCAGCUGUCAAGACGCUUUUCCAGGCCUUGUGCAGAAUGGGCGUCAUCAUGGCCUACUUCUAUCUGUGCGAUCGUGCUGAUUUGUUCAUGAAGGAGCAGAAGUUCUACACGCACUCCACCUUCUUCGUCCCGCUUGUCUACAUAUUUGUUCUGGGGGUGUUCUACAAUGAAAACAGCAAAGAGGUGAAAUUACUGAACCGGGAGCAGACGGACGAGUGGAAGGGUUGGAUGCAGCUGGUCAUUCUCAUUUAUCACAUAUCUGGAGCUAGCGCCUUUAUUCCGGUUUACAUGCACGUGCGUGUGCUGGUGGCUGCCUACCUUUUCCAGACGGGCUAUGGCCACUUUUCCUUUUUUUGGCUCAAAGGAGAUUUUGGACUUUAUAGAGUGUGCCAGGUACUUUUUCGUCUCAACUUUUUAGUGUUGGUUUUGUGCGUGGUGAUGAACCGGCCCUACCAGUUUUAUUACUUCGUCCCCCUGGUCACCUUCUGGUUCUUCGUUAUCUACGCCUUGUUAGCGGUGUGGCCUCAGAUUGUGCAGAAGAGGGCCAAUGCUAGCAAAAUGUGGCACUUUGGCGUCCUGCUCAAGCUUCUGGUGCUUUCGGUGUUCAUCUCCUUCUUAGCUUAUUCACAGGCGUUCUUCAACAGCAUCUUCUCCUUUUGGCCCUUCUCCACGCUCUUUGAGUUGAACGGAAGCGUCUACGAGUGGGCUUUCAGAUGGAAGUUGGACCGCUUUGUGGUGAUCUACGGCAUGCUGUUCGCCUUCAUCUACCUGGUGCUCCAGAAGCGACAGGUGCUGUCCGAAGGCAAAGGAGAAGCUCUAUUCUCCCCUUUCAUCUCCAACAUGCUGCUCUUGUUCUCGCUCACCACUUUUGUCAUGUACUCCAUGUGGGCCAGCGGCUGCAAAAACAAAACAGAGUGCAACGAGAUGCACCCGUACAUCUCGGUGUUGCAGAUCUUGGCCUUCGUUCUAAUCCGGAACAUUCCUGGCUACGCACGCUCCAUCUAUAGUUCCUUCUUUGCUUGGUUUGGAAAGAUUUCCUUGGAGCUGUUCAUUUGCCAGUACCACAUCUGGCUGGCCGCCGACACCAAAGGCAUCUUGGUCCUGAUCCCGGGCGUCCCGUCGCUCAAUAUCCUGGUCAGCACGUUCAUCUUUGUGUGCGUGGCCCACGAGAUCUCCGUCAUCACCAACGACUUAGCCAAGGUGAUCAUCCCCAAGGACACGGCGGCGCUCGUCAAGCGACUCGGCGUCUUUUCCCUGCUGGUUUUGCUCAUCCUGCUUUGGGCCAAAGAGCAGCCAAACACUUGA